UCUAUUUUGAUUAGUCCUGUCAUACAACAAAACUCCAGUUGAUAAAUAAACUGACUAAAAUUAAUAUAAUUGUUUAAAAAUAGAAAAAAAUACUGAAAUAAAUGUGCCUAAUUGAACGUUUUGUAUGCAAAUACAUGGUUAUCAAGCCUUAUCAAACAUUAUUUUUAGAAUUAAAAACGUUUUACUGAAACUAUUUUUGGGGAUUGUAUAAGUGAGAACACCGGGGACAUUUAUCAUCAUCAGCAACGUCAUUCUCACCUCCAUCCAUUAACAGCCAGAGUUUAUGGAGUUUUGUUUUGAUAAAAGGACAGACAGACAGACAAUCAAAACUCGAGCAUAUUUCAAUUUGAAUAUCAAAUCUAAAUCUAUUGUGGUGUUGACCAAAGGUAGAACCCCUCCUCAACCAUGAAAGCCCAACAUUUACAGGCCAUGUUCGCUCGGCGCCGCGAAAUGGAGCACAUGCACAUUGAACGUACCCAAGCCGUCAAUAAAUACUUCGAUCAUUGGGGUAAAGUCACCUCGCGUUUUGAGAAUUGGACUACGCCUGAGUAUUACAAACAGGCAGAGGAAAAGCUGCAGCGCUCCAAACAGGAAAAAGAGAAGCAAAAACAACUAAGCGAACGCAAGGAAAAACUAGCCUUGCUUUUCGACCAAGAAAAAGAGCAAUACGAUGUGGAAUUGAGAGAAAAACAAAGAUCACGCAAAACUCGAGCUCUUAGCACCUCAACCUUAGAGAAGAUCAAUGUGAAUCUUAAAGAGCAACAAGCCAUUCGCAGAAAAUUGGAACUUGAAGCCAAACUCUAUGGCAAAUGGCGCCAUGGAGUGGAUGAUGCCAAUCUCAUAUUUGAAUCGAAAAAUGACCAUGAGGUUAUAGCCAAACUAAGUUGGUUGGACAAGCAGGUGGAGAAUCAGCUGGAGAAGGAAAAAGAUGAAAUCGAGGCCAAGGAGAGAGAUCUUCGCCUGCAGGCCGAACAAAAUCGUGCCGAGGAGUUGCACAAGCAACGCCAGCAGAUACGUGAAAAGGAGAUACGAGAAAUCCGUGCCUUGCAGGAAAUGCAUAUGGAACAAUUGCAGGAGCGUCAAAAGGAAAGUGAAACUCUAAAGGAGAGUGAGCACAAGUUGCGCGAAAACAUAGAGGAAUUGGAAAAGGAAAUCGAGCUAUUGGAUGAGAGUUAUGCCGUCAUGCAACAAAAGGCCGAUUUUGGAGGAGCCUAUAAUUUGACCAAAAUUAAGGUGUUCAUGCGCAAACGCUCCGAGGUCUUUCGCAAUCAAAUAAAAUUGUGUAUCAGCAUUUUGGAGAGAAUGUUGCCGGAGGCCUGCAAACCCGAGACUUUGCUGGACUUCAAGGAGAAACUCUCCAAGCAGUUGGACUCGGAGAUGUACACCCUAACCCAGAUUGAUGCCAUGUAUGAGUCUGAGGCCAAAUAUAAUCUACAUCGCUGUGAGGAUCUUUGGCAAACUCAAACUUCUGAGCGUUAUAAAGAACUCAAGGACUUGCUGAAUCUGGAACGCAAUUCCAAGGGCAAAGUGUUAAAUGAUGUAUUGCAGCGCGAAAGUGAAUUGCUUGACAUACGUUCCACCCAUUUGAAUGCAAUUGAAAAUACAGGGGAAAAAUUAAAACAGUUGAUCAAGGAGGAAGAGGAGUCACCACGUGCUUGCAUUGUCUCUCAAGCUGAUCAUAUAACCGAAUGCUGUCAUGCCACCACGGCUUGUUCACCACGCAGUUGUCACUCAUCGACUUGUGAUACCGUGGACUCAUCACGUAGCUGUGCUCCUCCCUCCCGCAUAUGUCAUGAGUCUCAUAGUGCUUUGAAGUUGCCCAAUGAUACUUGCAAUUUAAAUGCUUCCCAAAAGAAACGAUACGAGCAUAACAUCUCCAAUACUUUCAAAGAUUUGAAUUUGGAUGUUUGGGAGAGCAUGCCUAACUCACCAAGAGAUUUGGUCAAUCAGCGUGUAGAUGCUCAACGUUCAUUGCGGGUGGUUACCUCGGAGACAGCAGAGAGGCCGAAAUUUGGUCGAAAACGUGUGGCCUGGACAUAAGGAGUUGAGUUUAGUAUCCUUGAAAUAUAUUUUUGAUGAACUUUUAAAUAAAUGAAAAAAAACGAA